AUGACCUCAGGUAACGGCCGAUCUCCUGGAUCUUACACUCGGUUUGACCGUUGGUUUGUGGAUGGUUUUUUGAGCACAGGAGACCAGGCAGCCAAGGGAAACUAUGGACUUCUUGAUCAAAUCCAGGCCCUGCACUGGAUGAGUGAAAACAUUGCAUUCUUUGGGGGUGACCCUUUACGCAUUACUGUUUUUGGGUCUGGGGCCGGGGCCUCAUGUGUCAACCUGCUGACUAUUUCCCAUUAUUCUGAAGGUAACCGUUGGAGCAAUUCAACCAAAGGUCUUUUCCAAAGGGCCAUAGCCCAAAGUGGCACAGCCUUGUCCAGCUGGGCUGUCAGCUUUCAGCCGGCCAAGUAUGCCCGCAUGCUGGCCAAAAAGGUGGGGUGCAACCUCAAAGAUACAGUGGAGAUGGUAGAGUGCCUACAGAAAAAACACUACAAAGAACUAGUGGAGCAGGACAUCCAGCCUGCUCGCUACCACAUCGCCUUUGGACCCGUCAUUGAUGGUGAUGUGAUCCCCGACGACCCUCAGAUCCUUAUGGAACAAGGGGAAUUCCUCAACUACGACAUCAUGCUGGGCGUCAACCAAGGCGAAGGGCUAAAGUUUGUGGAACUCAUUGUAGACAACGAGAACGGAGUUCAAGCCAACGAUUUUGACUAUGCCGUGUCAGGUUUUGUGGAUGAUUUAUAUGGUUACCCCGAGGGGAAGGACAUCCUGCGGGAGACCAUUAAGUUUAUGUACACUGACUGGGCUGACCGCCACAACCCGGAGACCAGAAGAAAGACCCUGCUGGCACUCUUCACAGAUCAUCAGUGGGUGGCACCAGCAGUGGCAACAGCAGACCUCCACUCCAGCUUUGGCUCGCCUACUUAUUUCUACGCCUUCUACCAUCACUGCCAGACAGAGCAGGUGCCACCCUGGGCUGAUGCGGCACAUGGCGAUGAGAUCCCAUAUGUGUUUGGGCUGCCCAUGAUUGGUCCAACUGAGCUUUUCCCCUGCAACUUCUCCAAAAAUGAUGUGAUGCUUAGUGCAGUGGUAAUGACCUACUGGACCAACUUUGCCAAGACCGGUGACCCCAACCAGCCAGUUCCACAGGACACCAAGUUCAUCCACACCAAGCCUAACCGUUUUGAGGAGGUGGCCUGGACGCGUUACAACCAAAAGGACCAGCUGUACUUGCACAUCGGCUUGAAGCCCCGUGUCAAGGAACAUUACCGUGCCAAUAAGGUCAACUUAUGGCUGGAGCUGGUGCCUCAUCUCCACAGCCUCAACGAGGUCCCCCAGAUCAUUUCCACCACCACUAAGUUGCCUCCACCCGAGGUCACUCCCCGUACACCAAAAAAGAUCCCACUCAACACCAAGAGGCCCUACCCUACACCGUUUCCCACUGAAACACUGAACCAGAACCAACCCUUCCUAGAGAAUCAGCGGGACUACUCCACCGAACUAAGCGUCACCAUCGCCGUUGGUGCCUCGUUGCUCUUCCUCAACAUAUUGGCAUUUGCUGCACUCUACUACAAGAAGGAUAAGCGAAGGCACGAGGUCCACCGGCGUUGCAGCCCACAGAGGACCACAGCAAACGAGCUGCCCCAUACGCAAGAAGAGGAGAUCAUGUCUCUACAAAUGAAACACAGCGACUUGGAGCGCGAGUGCCGGGAGGCCAUGCACCCGCACGAGGUGGUCCUGAGAACUGCCUGCCCGCCCGAUUACACGCUCGCCAUGCGCCGUUCGCCGGACGACAUCCCUCUCAUGACCCCAAACACCAUCACCAUGAUACCCAACAGCAUGCCAGGCCUCACCUCCUUACACCCCUUUAACAGUUACCCCAGUGGACAGAAUAACACCCUGCCCCAUCCACACCCUCAUUCACACUCCACCACUAGAGUAUAGCCACACACACACGUUCUCACACACAAACACCAACAUACACACACAUAUACACUCCCACCGUUGUGGAGUACGAGUGUGACAACAAACGGAGGAGAUGGCACUGGGUUGAGGAAUAUCUUUACUCCCGGUGCUCCGAGGAACAGUAAACAACAAUGCUGAUUUUUGUGCCUCGAGAGCAAAACCACCAUUUUAUAUUAA